CUUUGUAUGCAAAUUUUGAUCAUUCUACUACUUUCCAAGUUUCAUUUCAUUUUAUUUAUUUAUUUUUUUUUUUCUCUAAAAGAUAAUAGAUGGCUAAACGCUUUAAGCUUAAGUUCCCUAGUAUGAAUAUUCCUUCGUUUCAAUUCUGUCGCUUGAAAAGCGCUUCUUCUCUCCCCAGAAAUCCACAACCGAAGAAUUACCGGCUAUCGCCGGUUAACCCGAAAGCAAUCGACAUCAGCUAUCCCGCCAGCCUCCCGGCUCCGCCACCGUCCACACCAGACUACUCUUUCGUGAUCUCAUCAUCGACGAGGAUUAAAUCGGACUGCUGUCGUUUGUGCCGCUCUAGAUCGUGCGGUGAACACUCCGUCUCCGGCUCAAGCACCGAAUUCCCCUGCUGCAACACCAAACGGUCGUCGUUUGAGACGAGGGAGAAAUUCUACUUCAAACAGAAGAAAUACAAGGAGACGAACAAAACAAAACAGAGUGUAUUCAAAACCGAAGAAGACGACGACGAAGACGAUAGUUUAGUCCUACUCGAUUCUUCUAGAAGCUUCUCGGAUGAUCAUCGUGGUCCCAUCAGUCAUUCGGUUGCUUCAAACGACGCCGUUCGAGAGAGAUCGAGAAGGAGUACCGAGAGAAAGCCGGCGGAGAACGCGAGGAAGCGCGAUGAAGGUUCCGGAGAGAGGAGGACUUCCGAAACGGCGUCGAGGCGAGAGAGGGAGCCGGAGGGGAAGAAGGUGAGGGAGAGCUUCGCGGUGGUGAAGAAGUCGGAGGAUCCGUACGAGGAUUUCAAGAGGUCGAUGUUGGAGAUGAUAAUGGGGAAGCAGAUGUUCGAGGCCAGCGAUUUGGAGGAGCUCUUGCAGUGUUUCUUGACCCUGAAUUCGCGGCAGUAUCAUGGAGUUAUCGUCGAAGCCUUCUCGGAGAUUUGGGAGAUUUUGUUCUCUGAUUCUCAUGUCAAACAUCGACUUUCCUUUUGAUGGAUCAAAGACGGCCGAAUCGCGCACCAGAACAAAAUAUUUGCACAGAAAACAUUUGAAGGCGAAAAUGACAUCGAAAUUACACAAACACAGUGGUCAUUGAAGUUUAAAUGUUGACUAUGCUUUAGAUACAGGGCAACACAUCCUCAAGAGAAUAUAUCAUACCAUUUCCUCAACAAGAAUCCUGCAUUUGAAAAACAAGCAGAUAACAAAUUGUACUCAUUUGCUCAAGAGCGACACGCAAGGCUGAAACACAUAAAAGAGUGUUAAUGCACA